AAGGGCUCCACGUCCCCGCUCGGCGUCGCACCGCCUCCCGCGCGCCUGCCGCGGGUGUCUGAGCCGGGCGCUGAGCCGCGCUGCGGGAGCGCGCCAUGACCUCGCCGGCGACCCAGGUGGCCCUGCCGCUGGCCCUGCUGCUGCACGCCGCAGCGGUCCUCGGCUGGAACGAGUUCCGCAUGACGCCGCGCGAAGUGACCGCGACCGUGGGCCAGAAGGUGGAGCUGCGCUGCGAGGUGUUCGUGACCAAGUCGUCGGGCUGCACGUGGCUGUUCCAGCGGCGGGAAGCGGCCGCCAGCCCUGUCUUCCUAAUGUACAUCGGUACCCGGACCAAGAUAGCCGAGGGGCUGGAGUCCCACAUCUCAGGCCAAAAGUUCCAGAACGACGGCUACACCCUCACACUGCACAGCUUCACAGAAAAGGACCAAGGCUACUAUUUCUGCUCGGUCGUGGCCAACUCGAUAGUGUACUUCAGCCCCUUCGUGCCCGUCUUCCCGCCAGAAAAACGCACCACGACGCUCGCACCGCGGCCAUCCACGCGGGCGCCCCCCAGCGCGUCGCAGCCGGUGUCCCGGCGCCCGGAGACGUGCCGGCCGGCGGCUGGCAGCCCAGUGGAAACGAAGGGGAAAUACUUCGCCUGUGUUAUCUACAUAUGGGCGCCACUGGCUGGCAUCUGCGCGGUCCUUCUUCUGUCCCUGGUCAUCACCGCCACCUGCAGCUACAGAAACCGAAGACGCGUUUGCAAAUGUCCCAGGCCCCUGGUCAGACCGGCAGGCAAGCCCAGCCCCUCGGAGAGAUACGUCUAACAUGGCAACGGGCCCUGUGCAACAGCCACUACAAGACUUCAGACUGAGAACUCUCCUCACAAGGAGGGCAACGGCCCUUCCCUUUUGUUUUUUUCAGCCUUCCUUCUUUAUGUAUUCAUUCUCCUUAUUAUUAUUUUUGUUGGGUGGGGGGUGGAAGGGUUACUCUUUCUUUGCCUUUAAUUGAUACAAAACAAACCUGUAUGUCAACGGUACACCAUCGGGCACACGUAUCGGGGAAAGGGCAGGCUGUGUUCUCAGAGCCAGGCCGUUAGAGGUGGUGGGGGCCUCACAAGCACCUGGUCCAAACCUCGUCCCUGGCCAUUUAUGUCACAGAGGAGGAGGCUGAAGUCCAGGGAAGCUCCAUCAGAGUCACAGCAGGGCUGGGGUUCCUCCUCCACACCGUUCAGAUCUCUCUUCUGGGGGCGUUUGUCUCCGCGUGGGUUCUGUGUCUCAAACCGCAAGGGAACCAGUCAUUUCUUGAGCACCCGCAAUGGACCCAUUACUGCACCCACAGCCGAGAGAAGGUAAUGAAAUAAAAGAAACUCUGCUUUUCACAGAGUUCCGUAAUGUAGUUGAACAGGAGCAGAAUUUUUUUAUAAGAAAGCCUGAAAUCAUAUAGACAGUAGGAAUUCCUCAAAUUAAGCUGAACCGAAGUCUGGAAAAUGAAUCCUCAAAUCUCCGAAUAAAACCUCUCUCACAUCCCUGACUGGAGGUGAAAUUGUACCCCCAGUCCUGCAUCGCAGAGGGACCCACGACAGAGGAGAGGCCAUCCUUUUACAAAUAGGAUUGGCGCGUCAGUAAGGAUGAACGGAGAUCCUUUUGGAUCUCAAAACGUUAGAUGCCAUAUUUGAACGUGCUCCUGGGACCACGGAGACUUUUUAGCUUGUAAAGGCAGAAUCGUGAGAGAGCUGCCGGCACUACCCUGGCCUCCCCUCAGGUGGGGGUGUAGCAGAAGAGACUCCGCCCUGGUCAGAGGAGGGGAGGAGUCUAACUGCCCAAAGGGCUGCCCCGCACACACAUUUCCUCCCCCGUGGUGUUGUACUGCAACUGUUCUCACAGCAAGAAAAACAUUCAACUAGAUAAGGAAAUAAGAAUCAUCCAUAAUUCUUUACCCCCAGUAUAACCCACUGUUAAUAUUACGAUAUGUGUCUUCAGAUUAUUCUCUAUGCAUACGUGUAGAAUAUAUUUUUUGAUUUUUAAAUGGAAUUGCAUUAUGCUUUUUAUAAGUGGCUUUAAUAAACAAACCUUUACAGCAUACUUUUUAAAAAUAUAUUUCAUUGAUUCUGUUAUUAC